UACAAAAUAUAUAAAACCAACUUCGCUAUGAGGCUGCUGAUUUUCUUGGUUGCAUUUGCUGCCUUUUUGGCUAGUUCCUUUGCUCUGAAAAAUGAAAUCUGCGGUCAACCUCAUUCCCGCAAUGGUAAUGGCAAAAUCACCUGCGAAGCUUAUAUUCCCAGUUGGACCUACGAUUCGUCGGCCAACAAGUGCGUCAAAUUUGUUUACGGAGGCUGCGGUGGCAAUGAAAAUCGUUUCGUUAACAAAGAGAUUUGCGAAGAAAAGUGCUUGCAAUAA